AUGCACUCUGGACUCGCAGAUGACAUCCAACAGAGCAACGAUGCUCGAAAGACUGUGGUCAUGGACAAAGAACUCUCAAGACUGGGCACUGUCAUUGCCUGCCUGCAAGAGACUCGUCUGGCUGACAGCAGUCUCAUCAGAGAGGCCAACUACACCUUCUUCUGGCAGGGCCUGCCUCAGGAUGACCCAAGGCAACACAGCGUAGGCUUCACUGUGAAGAACUCACUGAUACCAGCCAUUGAACCACCAACUGGCAGAUCUGAGACAAUCUUAGCACUGCGCCUCUCAACAUCUACAGGUUUCACCAACGUCUUCUGCAUCUACGCGCCAACACUCUGCGCCACCCCAGAGGUCAGGGACCAAUUCUGUGAGCCACUGGAUGAGAUGAUAUCCAGGAACCUCAAUACUGAAGGAUUAUACCUACUAGGAGACUUCAAUGCUAGAAUGGGAGCUGACUGUGACACUUGGCCCUCCUGCCUCGGCAAGAUGAAUGAGAAUGACAGUGGCUGCUGGAACUGUGCUGCCACCCCGGACUGUGCGUGA